AUGUCAUCUCCUGCCGAUGAGAUUGGUGACGCACCAUCUACUCCUCCAUGUGCCAUUGCACCAGCUCAUGGUGCUAGUAAAGCAGAAUCUGCCACAAACAGCCGUUGGGUCUCCAUCAUCAGGGUUAAGAAAGUUUGCCUAUGGAUUCAACAGGAUAUUGAGCAGGUCACAGAGUGCAAGGAAGAUGUCAUCUUCAUGCCCCCUACAGUGCGCUUCUUCCGCACCGGAGACCAGCAGCCUGAGCUACUGCAUAAGUGCUUCAAAGUAGUUCUGCUGUGUGAUCCAGGAGUCACCAACAUCGCUCUCUCACGCCUUGAAAAGAUCAACUUUGAUAAGAUGUGUCCUCCUGCCCGAAAGAUAUUCUCGCUUGCAUCGAGUUGCAAGAGAAAGACUCCAGGAAGGAUGAAAGGGAUCAACUUACAGCCCUCUUCCUAUACAGCGACAGACUAUGUCCCUUCCAAGCCAGAAUAUCUACCAGUGGAUUAUUUUGACGCAGAAGACCCGGUGCCAGCCAAGCUGCAGUUCUAUCUUCUGCCUUUACUGCUGCCAAGCCUUCCUGGGACGUCCAGGUCCAGGUCCAAGCGCAAGGCCACAGACACUCUGGAACUUCCCAUGCAAGAUGAACCCGGACAACACGGACGUCGGUCUAGAUGUGACCGUCCAGAUGGGUGCCUGUACACCGCUGAAAUGUUUGUGGUCAAUCUUGGAGUCAGUCAUCUGCUGCACACUAUCGUCUUCGGAAGUCACCAAUCAGUCUUCUGGUAA